AGUGAAUCCUUAUAUCGAGGUCUGGGACCUGUUUUAACUAGUCUGUGCUGUUCUAAUUUUGUAUAUUUUUACACUUUCCACGGUUUACGUUCUGUAUAUAAAAGGGAUGCAAAAUCACAUAGUGCAUUGACAGAUUUGGCUUUAGCUUCAAUUGCAGGUGCAGUGAAUGUACUACUUACAACACCAUUAUGGGUAGUAAACACUCGAUUAAGGCUGCAAAAUAUAAAAUUGAAGUUAGAAGACAGAAAAUCUUCAGAUUAUUCUCAUUACAAAGGAAUAAUUGAUGGACUUUGUCAGAUUAAAAAAGUGGAAGGUUGGAAAGGAAUUUAUGGAGGUUUAGUUCCCUCUUUAAUAUUAGUUAGUAAUCCAGCUCUUCAGUUUAUGAUUUAUGAGUCACUAAAAAGAAGAAUGUCUAAGGGAUCUGAAUCAAAGGCAAUUAGUAGUACCAGCUAUUUUAUAAUAGGAGCUAUAUCAAAAUGUAUUUCAACAAUUCUGACUUAUCCUAUCCAGUUAGUACAGUCUAAACUUAGGUAUGGAACAGAUGAAUUGAAACAAAUGAAUGUUAUCUACAUGUUACUUUAUAUUGCAAAGUAAGUGUUUAAAGAA